UUUUUCUUUUUAAAGCAAAAAGUUUAGUUUAUUGCCGUUUCAUUUGCUUUCUUGCUGACAAGAUAACAAACUCCAUAUGAAGAGUUCAGGUUUGUUGUGGCAACUUUUCAGUCUGGCAUUUGAGAUUCUAAUCUUCCUCUAUUUUUGCACACAAAUACGUAGGUUAGCAUUGGAGACCAAGAUAGAAAAGUUCUCAGAUUCCCUUGGCAAGCUUAGAUUUUUCGAUCUAAAAUUAUCUCCGGAUUUUUGGAAGACCAUGUUUUAAGCAUCCUUUUUUUUUUUUUUUUAAGCAAAUUGCACAUGAUUCUGUGAAAAUUUUAAUAAAUGUUUAUUCUGUUGAAAACCUAUAGCUUAAUACAUCAGGAUCCAUGUGUCAAGUGGGUCUUCCAAGUCUAUAGGAAAUAAUUGUUUCUGAAAGCUAGCAGACUGGGAUAUCACAUGGGUUGGGUGUCCACUCUUUUUUUUUUUUUUUUUUGAGUCGGAGUCUCCCUCUGUCCCCGAGGCUGGAGUGUGGUGGCACAAUCUUGGCUCACUGCAACCUCCACCUCCCAGGUUCAAGCAGUUCUCCUGCCUCAGCCUCCCUAGGAGCUGGGAUCACAGGUGUGAGCCACCACACCUGGCUAAUCACUCUCUCUUUUUUCCUCCUGUAACUUUGUCCUUGGUGAAAAAUGAUGAUCUUCCUAGGUAGGCAAAAAAAUGUUGGUUUAGAUAAGGAAUUGAUUUGUUUUGGAGUUAUUGAAAAGCAGGUUGCCGUUUUCUCUGAAGUGUAAGUUCACAGAGAGCCUGAAUGUUGUGUUUGGAUUAAGGAAAAACAGCAACAGGUUGUGCUUGUGCUUCAAAUGUCUUUAACUCUACUGAAACUGCCCUCUUGAGGGUCCCCUAAUUGAUGCAUGCAGUGGCCAUUGCUUAAUUAUUUUCCUUGACUUUGAUCUCAGGUAUUUGGCACGGUGAGCUAUUCUUUCUUGCUCUCGUGAAUCUCCCGUUGAUUGGCCUUCUUUUUUCUUUUUUUUCUUUCUUUUUUUUUUUUUUUUGAGACAGAGUCUUUCUCUGUUGCCCAGGCUGGAGUGCAGUGGCUCGAUCUCAGCUGACUGCAACCUCUGGCUCCAGGGUUCAAACGAGUCUCCUGCCUCAGCCUCCCGAGUAGCUGGGAUUACAGGUCUGUGCCACCACCCCCAGCUAGUUUUUGUAUUUUUAAUAGAGAUGGGGUUUCACCAUGUUGUCCAGGCUGGUCUUGAACUCCUGACCUCAAAUGAUCCACCCAUCUCGGCCUCCCAAACUGCUGGGAUUACAGGCGUGAGACACCACGCCCGGCCUUGAUUGGCCUUCUUGACUUGGAACUAGUGUGGUCAUUUCUUGAAAUCUGUGACUGCACUUUCCCAUUUGUCUUUACUGCUUCUCUUCAUACAUCUACCUUGGGGCAUUUUCUGAAGCCUAGCUUUGUACCUCUUACCUCCCCUCCAAAACAUGUUCCUUCCCACUUACCCAGUAUAUGAGUCCUGGGUAGAGAACCACCUCAUUUCUUUACCUCUGCCACCACUUAGUGACCCCCGACUCAGAGUUUUCUGCAAGUCAAUUCUUUUUCUCCUGCUCAGUAACUCCUGGACAUGUUCCUGAGGCCAUACUUUCUCCAGGUGAAGAAAAUACCACUUCUGGCCGGGCGCAGUGGCUCACGCCUGCAAUUCCAGCACUUUGGGAGGCCGAGUGUUCUUCUCAUCUCUUGCCUUUGUAACCUACCUAAUUCCUGUGUUGCCAACACAAUCAUAGAAAUACAAAGGAAUUACGGUAAUUGGACAUAAGUGACGAAGUGAAAGGACUUAGAAGCCUUACAAAUACAUCUGUGCAUUCUUGCUUCAGACUUUACAACUGAGGACCAGCCCAGUCUGGAAGCAUCUCUUAUUAAUGUUACAAGGAAACUGCUACCUCAGCAAACAAAAGGAAUGGAGGAGGAGACUUAUAACAAAUGCCAUUUAAAAAAAAAAGAAAAACUUGUUUUCAGGAAACAUUAGAGGAAAUUUGGAGAAUUUUAGCAUUGCAUAGAAGCAGCCUUACAGGUAAACGGAUUUGACGGGCAGGCUCUGUCAAAAUUCUGCAGAAGUUUGAUCUUCCUUCUUAAGGACUUUGUGUGAAGUAAUUCUGUACUGCUUUUAAAUUGCUGUUGAUCAGCUUCUGGGUUUUUGGGUUCUAACUUUUUUGGGUAUAUUGAAGACACGGUGUAUUACAUUAUAUUACAUUUUUAAAAGUUAAGUUAUUUUUCUGCCAUUGUAAAUACAAGUAUCAAAAUAUUCUUGCAAAGAAGUAAACAUUUUUCUCAGCAAGCAUAUCCUUUUAGUAAGAGAGUGGAAUGCUAAACAGUUCUUAUCCAGCAUUUUGGACAUCUUUUAUUUUUUGUCAGAGAUCCUGUCUACACUGAAAAUAUUAAUUAUAUAAACCUGUUGUCUCUCACCUCUACAUUGGAUCACAUGGUCACCUGCCUCAUGGAAAUGCCUUUUUUAAAACUUCAAUUUGCAGAACUCCACUAUUUUUAUACCUAGCUACAGUUUUGAGAAAGAAGAAUCAGAACCCUGACCUGCUUACGGUUGCUGGGACAAUUCCCCCUCCCGCAUGUAUUGCUGCAGUGCCCAGGACAGUAAAAUGGACUACAAGCGGCGCUUCCUGCUUGGCGGGUCCAAGCAGAAGGUGCAGCAGCACCAGCAGUACCCGAUGCCUGAGCUGGGCCGAGCACUGAGUGCUCCCCUGGCAUCCACGGCCACCACUGCCCCCCUGGGCAGUCUGACCGCUGCAGGCAGCUGCCACCAUGCCAUGCCCCACUCUACUCCUAUCGCUGAUAUCCAGCAGGGCAUCUCCAAGUAUCUGGAUGCCCUGAACGUCUUCUGCCGUGCCAGUACUUUCCUCACAGAUCUCUUCAGCACUGUGUUCAGGAACUCUCACUACUCAAAGGCAGCCACGCAGCUCAAAGAUGUGCAGGAGCAUGUCAUGGAAGCAGCCAGUCGGCUGACCUCAGCCAUAAAACCUGAGAUCGCCAAGAUGCUAAUGGAACUUAGUGCUGGGGCUGCAAAUUUUACAGAUCAAAAGGAGUUCAGUCUCCAGGACAUUGAGGUGUUGGGGCGAUGUUUCCUGACUGUGGUGCAAGUCCAUUUCCAGUUUUUGACUCAUGCAUUACAGAAGGUCCAGCCGGUGGCUCACUCUUGCUUUGCUGAGGUCAUUGUGCCAGAAAAAAAGAACAGCGGCAGUGGCGGCGGCUUAUCUGGCAUGGGCCACACACCUGAACUGGAGGAAGCUGUGCGGUCCUGGCGGGGGGCUGCUGAGGCGACAUCUAGGCUAAGAGAAAGAGGCUGUGAUGGUUGCCUGGCAGGAAUUGAAGUUCAACAACUCUUUUGUUCUCAAAGUGCAGCAAUUCCUGAGCACCAGCUAAAAGAACUGAACAUAAAAAUCGACAGUGCUUUGCAAGCAUAUAAGAUAGCUCUGGAAAGCUUAGGACACUGUGAAUAUGCAAUGAAAGCCGGCUUCCACCUGAAUCCAAAGGCGAUUGAAGCAAGUUUGCAGGGCUGCUGCAGCGAGGCGGAAGCCCAGCAGACGGGGCGGAGGCAGACACCCCCGCAGCCCAUGCAGUGUGAGCUCCCCACCGUCCCUGUGCAGAUAGGAUCGCACUUCCUGAAGGGCGUCUCCUUUAAUGAGUCGGCCGCCGACAAUCUGAAACUUAAGACGCAUACAAUGUUACAGCUGAUGAAGGAGGCAGGCUGCUAUAAUGGAAUCACAUCCAGGGAUGAUUUUCCUGUGACUGAAGUGCUGAACCAGGUUUGCCCUUCCAUGUGGCGAGGUGCCUGCAAGACGGCGGUGCAGCUGCUGUUUGGCCAGGCUGGACUGGUGGUGGUUGACACAGCACAGAUUGAGAAUAAAGAAGCCUAUGCCCCCCAGAUCAGUUUAGAAGGCUCUAGAAUCGUGGUUCAAGUCCCAUCCACAUGGUGCCUGAAAGAAGACCCUGCCACCAUGUCCCUGCUGCAGAGAAGCCUUGAUCCUGAGAAGACCCUGGGUUUGGUGGACGUGCUCUACACAGCUGUGCUGGACCUAAACCGCUGGAGGGCUGGAAGGGAGCAAGCUUUACCCUGCAUACAGAUCCAGCUGCAAAGGGAGAUUUGUGAUUUUGGCAACCAGGCUGACCUGCCUUCUGGAAAUGGAAACAAAUCUUCAGGUGGCCUGCAGAAGACAUUCUCCAAACUGACAUCCCGGUUCACCAAGAAAGCUUCAUGUACCAGCUCCAGCAGCAGCACAAAUUAUUCCAUCCAAAAUACCCCUUCCAAAAGCAUCUUCAUAGCUGGAUGUUCCGAAGAGAAGGCCAAAAUGCCUGGCAAUAUUGAUACAAGGUUACAAAGCAUUUUGAACAUUGGUAAUUUCCCCAGGACUACAGACCCUUCACAGUCAGCUCAGAAUUCCAGUAAUACAGUGGCCAAUGGCUUUCUCAUGGAGAGGCGUGAGAACUUCCUGCAUGGAGAUGAUGGCAAGGAUGAGAAGGGUAUGAACUUACCAACUGAUCAGGAAAUGCAAGAGGUGAUAGAUUUUCUCUCGGGCUUUAACAUGGGCCAGUCACAUCAGGGCUCUCCGUUGGUGACAAGGCGUAAUUCUGCUGCCACAGCCAUGGUGACUGAGCAGAAGGCAGGCGCCAUGCAGCCACAGCAGCCGUCACUGCCCGUGCCUCCUCCACCACGGGCACCCCAGGCUGGGGCACACACACCUCUGACACCCCAGCCGGGACUGGCACCUCAGCAGCAGUCCCCAAAGCAGCAACAACCUCAAGUCCAAUACUACCAACACCUACUCCAGCCCAUUGGACCGCAGCAGCCCCCGCCCCAGCCUCGGGCACCUGGGAAAUGGGUACAUGGCUCAUCCCAGCAGCCAGCGCAGACUGUUGGAGCAGGUCUAUCUCCUCUUGGUCAGUGGCCUGGCAUAUCUGAUCUCAGUUCUGACUUGUACAGCUUGGGUCUGGUGAGCAGCUAUAUGGAUAACGUGAUGUCAGAGGUUCUGGGACAGAAGCCACAGGGACCUAGAAAUAACACCUGGCCAAACCGUGACCAAAGUGAUGGAGUCUUCGGAAUGCUGGGAGAGAUUCUGCCUUUCGAUCCUGCAGUGGGCUCAGACCCAGAGUUUGCACGCUAUGUGGCAGGAGUGAGCCAGGCGAUGCAGCAGAAGCGGCAGGCCCAGCACAGUCGCCGGCCAGGCAACCCCCGGGGCAACUGGCCGCCUAUGGAUGAUGCCCAUCGGACCUGGCCCUUCCCUGAGUUCUUCACAGAAGGGGAUGGCCUGCACGGUGGCUGGUCAGGUGCUCAGGGAGACUCCGCCAGCUCGAGUGAUGAGACAUCCUCAGCCAACGGGGACAGCUUGUUCUCCAUGUUUUCAGGGCCUGACCUCGUUGCUGCUGUCAAGCAGAGAAGGAAACACAGCAGUGGAGAGCAGGACACCACCACGCUGCCCUCACCGCCUCUCCUCACCACAGUGGAGGACACGAACCAGGAUAACAAAACCAAAACGUGGCCACCCAAAGCACCCUGGCAGCACCCUUCCCCACUUCCCAGCACGCUGCCCAGCCCCAGCGCACCACUCUAUGCAGUCACCAGCCCUGGCAGCCAGUGGAACGACACCAUGCAGAUGCUGCAGUCCCCAGUGUGGGCUGCAACCAACGACUGCAGUGCCACUGCCUUCUCCUACGUGCAGACCCCACCACAGCCCCCACCCCCACCAGCACACAAGGCAGCACCCAAGGGCUUCAAGGCCUUCCCUGGGAAGGGUGAGCGCAGGCCAGCCUAUCUGCCCCAGUACUGACCCCAGGCCAGCCAGCCUGCCUGCUUGCCCGCCCAGAGCUGUGGGGAUGAGUGUCCCCACCCCAGGGCUGCCUAGCUGACACCAGCCCAUCAGAGGACCAGUGCGCCCCAUCCCAGGGAGGGUUCCUUGGGGACAAGGGUGGUUGGCAGCUCUGAGCCUUUAAACCUGGCUUCUGAAACGAUGGCGGCAUCAGAGCCCUGGAGAGCCAGCUGGAGACACAGGCGUCCGGCCUUUGGGGGCUUGCUAGGGAACCUGCAUGCCUAAUAAGCCCCGCAGGUGACUCCGAUGCAGGCGCCACGGCCACACUUGAAGAAACACAGCUCUUGGGUUUUUAGUCCUGCUGUGUGUUGGAAAGACAUCAGGCCUGAAAGCUGAGGGCGUAACUGACCAUUUUUCGGAAACUCUCUCCUCCCUCCUCCACACCUUGAGUGAUGACCACACCAAUCACUGUAUUUUAUAGCUAUUUUUUUCCUGUAGGUUUUUAGUUAAAAGAUCUCCUGCCUAAAAUGCAUUGAAUAUUUUAAGAUAACAGAUAUACUGGCUGGAGGUUUAACACUAUCUUUAUUUAAGCUUAUACAAAAUGGGCAAAAUAUAGAAUAUUUGUGAUUGGAAGCAGUCACCUGGAGUUUCUGUGGGUGGACAAUUCCUCGCCACCCAGCAGCACCCAGGGACUGCGGCCUUUCCCAGCUUUACGGAAGCAGGAUGGUGGAACUUGUGUCGGAGGUAAACUGCUGAAGGUGCGUGGCGGUGGACCAGCCGGCUGCUGUCCAUGUGCAGAGCAAGGCUGCACCUGCUGCCCUUCGAUCCUUCCACACAUGGCCAGGACACUGCCACAAUCCUCGGGGUGUGGUCAAGGGGCACUCAGAGACACCUGCACUAGAAAUUGCGUUGACGUUGUGAGCUGGCUCAGAAGACAAACCAAUUAAGAUGUAGAUAGAAAUUAAGGUCUUUUCUUUAAAAAAAAAAAUCCACCUCAUUUUCAGUUAACAUGUGCCAUUAAAUAGGUAACAUCCUGUGGAUUUAGGGGUAUUUUCCAGCCAGAAUGGAUCCAGAAGAAUUGAAUGGUGCUUAAAUUGAGAAAUAAUAAUAAAUAUAUCUAUAUAGAAUAGACAUAUCCCACUGUAUAUUAAUUGAGGUUACAGAAAGUUCUUUAUAUAAAACUUAUUUAAAUUUUUCAUAUUUCAUCUUUGAAAAAGUCUAAUUGAGAAAAAUCCAUAAUAUUUUCUGGUAUGAAAGUUUGACAGUAUUAAUAUUUUUUUUAUAUUUUCUUAAAUCAUUAAACCAUUUUAAUAUAUGUUAACUACUAAUAAAUGGUUUAUUCUUUCUAACUCCAUAUAAGCUUUUCCAGCAAAGAUUGUAAUAACACAUUUAUGUUCUCGUUUUUCUACAGAUAUAAGUAAAUUUAUAUAUAAAAAUACCAAAAAAGAGGCCGGGCGCGGUGGCUCACGCCUGUAAUCCCAGCACGUUGGGAGACCAAGGUGGGCGAAUCACAAGGUCAGGAGUUCGAGACUAGUCUGGCCAAUAUGGUGAAACCCCAUCUCUACUAAAAAUACAAAAAUUAGCCAGGCGUGGUAGCGUGCGCCUGUAGUCCCAGCUACUCGGGAGGCUGAGGCAGAAGAAUCGCUUGAACCCGGGAGGCAGAGGUUGCAGUGAGCUGAGAUUGUGCCACUGCACUCCAGCCUGGGUGACAGAGCGAGAUUCCGUCUCAAAAAGAAAAAAAAAAAAAGAAUAAAAAAAAUAUAUAUAUAUGUAUGUAAACACACACACACACUAAUUCGAGAGGACCCGUAGGGUGUCUGAGCCCAGCCACCUGAGUUUUUAGUACUGUGUUGUCAGGCUCUUCCCAGGCCUCAGGUGUUGUGUUGUCUUUUGUGCUGUGUGGGGAUGCAUUGCUGCCUGUAUUUAUGAUCUUUUGCCGUGGUUCUGAGCAUUCACCUCACCAUGUUUACAAAGAACUGUUUUGUAUAUAGACAUUUUCAGGCACGUGCUUUGCACCAACCCUGCGUGGCUCUUGUCUGUGUUAGCUGUCACAGUGUUCACACUAAUCUCUGUUAAAGUUGUCUAUGGCUGUUCUACUUGUAAGAUAGUUUUCUAUUUCCUUCAGUAAUGUGUCCACAGUACCCUGUAUUUCGAGUUCUAUUAUACUGAAGUACUCUUGUUUUAAUAGUGCCUCUGCAAAGGCCUCACCUUGGACAGAGGUCAAUCCUUGAUGCCCCAGCACAGGUGACGUCGCUAAUUGUCACUUUCCAGUUUGUUUUUCUCUAUUAAGGAAGACAUUUUCUAAUUGCAUCUCCAUGGGCUGUGAGACUGUGUGAAGCCGUUUGUGUGGUCUCCAUGUAGGUGCUGUGUUCCCGGCACCGCCUUGCUCUGAACACUGGUAAUUCCAGGUGCUGCGCUUGGCAGAGGGGUCUCGCCAAAGCGCAUGUGUGUGCGUGUGUGAACGUGUGUGUCCUUUGCAUGGUUGGGCGUGGCUGUCUUGCUAGGGCAUCAGCAGGACAUUGUGUGUAUAGUUACAAUGCUUCCAAACUGGAACUCUACAUUUUGUAUCUUUUAAAGCUCCUAUAAGUAAAAUAACUAUUGGCUUUAUUAAAAAUAUACAUUUAAUAAUA